AUGGCCGUCGUGUCCUUUGUCGAUGCCGGCUACGAGACCAAAGUGCUCGAAAAGGACGUCCAGGCCAAUACCUAUGCCAAGGAGUUGUUGGGCAGCAUCCGCACGGUGCAUGCCUUUGAAAUGCGCGAGCGCCUGGUGGGUUGGUUUUUGGCGGAGUGCACCACCGUCUACCUGGGUUACGGGCUCGCAUUCUGGCAGGGUCUGCGCAUGCUGUCGACGGGCGAGGUCACAAACAGUGGGGACGUCAUCACGACCCUGCUGCCAGUUGUCAUCGCCGCCCUCAGCCUGACCCCAAGUCGAGCCUUGAAGCAUUGA